AUGGGUAGUGGUCGUGGUGGUCCUCGUAACGAGCGGUUCCCUCCCUUCCAUAGUCUGGUAGCGCGGUGCGGGAACGGGAAAGACUUCGGACUGGAUCUGAUCGAGCGCGGGGCAAUGGGUGGUGCCGUGCCGUGCCGCAGCCACAGUGUGGACAGCACUGCAAACAAGAGAUUGCCGCAGAUAGGUUGCGCCACGUACAAAGGACUCCAGGGGAAAGCUGCUCACGUGGGAACUUGUGUAAGGUCUGGUGCGCCACAUCGCCACACUUGGUCGGGCAAAAAGGAGGCCCAGGUCGAAAAACAGAGCAAUCCAAUUUCGAAGAUUUCACCGCGCGUGCAGUCAAUGACAAUUCCAUAUCCCCGGGACUUGGUAUUGACUGUGAUGAGCGAGAAACAACAGGAGUGGCGGAGGCCCGGGCAACCAGUGGAGCUACGAGUCACGCACGCGAGUCUGUUGCAAGUCGCAUCCCUGGUAGCAGAACAAACAUUUCGAUUCCAUGCAUGGCCCACUCAGGUUCCCUUGGUAGGUGGGUAG